AUGGGGAGAAAUAAGAACAAAAACAAAAACAAAAACAAAAACAAGAGGGUGGAUCCUUUUCCAGACAUUAAUGACGUCCCGGAAGACUACGACAUGGAGAAAUCUCAACAGAGACUUCUGAAAGAAGGUUUGCACCCCUCAGUGACGUCUAAAACACCAGAGGAGGUUGAAAAGGCAUGGAUUGCUAGAGCUCAGCAACUCAUCAAAAGGCCGACCCGCGAGGAAUUCAUGGGGAAAAUGGGAGACUUCUACAACAGCUCUUUUACCACUCCUCGAUACUUAACUACGGCGAUGCUUUUAUUGCGCUACGAGUCCAAAUAUGUUCGUGCAGCAAAGAAGCCCGCCGACACGGGCGAUAAUCUGCUAGCUACUAUGCUGAACACCAUUGAUGUUGGUGGAGAAAUCGCAAACAUUCUAUUUCAGCAGGGGUGGAAGUCGGUAUUGGAUACCGCCAUCACUUCGUCGACCACGUGGAAGGCAGUUGCAAAUAGUGCCAAAAUUUGGGACUUCAAUGCAGCCUCCUUGAGAACAGAUGGCAGCUCUGGAGUAUUGCUUGUUGUCACCCCAGAGUGUACAAUCGGAGAAUUAAACAUGUCCAAUGACCUUGAUCCCUACGGCAUUGAUACGUCAAACAGCCUCUCUAGCUGGUGUAGAGAAGCUAUGAAGUACGAAAGACAGAUUUACUUCUCAACCUAUUUGAUUCACGGCCACAUUAAAGGCACAAUCUACCGCAGCAAGGCAGACAAGCAGAAGCGAGAAGGCCGCAAGAUUAUACCGGAUUUUAUGGCUGACGACAUCGUGUCCGCCGUUGAACGUAUCCGAGAAACCAGAGAUGUAUGGGGCAGUAGCCAGUUCGUCUCGAACCCCCAAAACCAGUUAUUUCAACCACCAGUAAUAUUCUCUGCAAGCCGAUUGAGAAAAAUGCUGAUGCAUAUAUCCGAGCAAAAGACUGCACUGCAAGUCUUGUACUUCGAAAAGAUCCCUCUCUUGGACCGACGUAUGAUUGCUGUCAUUCUACGAGAAUGUCCAAAUGUACGCAUGGUCGGUAUCUAUGACUGCCCACUUAUUCACUUCGGUGAUGUUUUGUGCCUCAUAGACCUAAUCUACGAGAUCAAUUAUAAACGCCGAGAAGCUGGAUUGCCCGAGAUUGCGGCCCUUGACUUUUAUCCUCGAUACAACCACGGCACACCCUUCCAGUCUGCCAAUUCGGCCACUUAUGGCUUGACCUGGGGUCCGCAUAAACUGGACGUCGUACAGCGAGGCUUCUUUAACAUUAUCCUCAAGGCUUUCAUGAAAGCAAAGAGGAUGAAGCUUGGCCUUUUGUUUGACGACGAUAAGGCAUUUUGCGAGUAUCUUCGCCGUGUUCCGGGCCCUCCCCUCGCAGUUCCCACAUUCCUGGACGCUCUUCACCGGUAUAUGGAGGUGAAGGACGAACGAUCAAAGAAAAGGGUGAUUUAUGAUCUUCUGAAGCCGGUGCGACUUGGCUUAUGCCGUCGCAUGGAGUCCGACCGGCAGGAAGGUUACAUGUCCAUCAUGGCAAAGAAUCUAGUGUUCUGCUCAUCGUGUGGCUAUGAAACUUUGGAGGAGUUCUACUCGACUACGGCUAGACAAAUGCUGCCUCAUUCACGAGUCUGCGCCGGCUGCAAUUUGCAGAGAUGGCUUGACGAGGAGGAGGACCACCUCAGGGGCCAUAAAAAACAAGCUUUGAAUACGCUGUAUCCCAAUUGGAAUGGUUUGAACUUCAACCACGAUGCGCCCAUGCCACAAACUGCAAAGGGUAUUAUAAAGCUACAAUCAACUAUAUCGGUACGACCCGACACCAAUCAUACGACGGUGGACAGGGAAGGCGUCAUGUACACGCGCCAGGUGAUGUUGGACCUGAUACGAGACAACAAAAUACACUGGGACUCGCUGGCAAACUUGCCCACCCUAGCCGAUCUCCUGAAUAAUAGACAGGCUUGGAGACGCUUUUCCACUAAUUGCAACAACCUCGAUGUUUAUUGCAGGGCCGUUCGAUGCGUUGCGGAACAAGAUGAAGAAGGCAAGGGGAAGAAUUCCUUUUUGAGGUCAAGGUUUGAUGGCGGCAUGCCAGACACCGCUGAGGAGCUACAGCCAUCUGGUGAUACGGUGGCAGGCAUACCGAGCUAUGACAUUAAGUCUGCGAUAAUGUUUCAUGUGGGCCUGACAAUGAAAGGCUGGGGAGCCGUGGAGAAGCCAGCCGGGAAACAAUGCAACCUCACUGAGCGUGAUGAUGCGUUUUGGUAA